CAAAAGAGGUUAUGUUCAGUGUCUUUUGUAAUUUAUGUUCAACACAGCCCCCAUUCCAAUAAAAAACUGUUGUUGGAAAUCAAGUCAGCACAAACAGGAAGGGAUAGGCUGAAUACAUUUUUCUCUGAGUUCUUAGUUGAUUAUACGGUUAAUAAUAAGACUGAAAAGGCAAUAUACAGCUGUAGAGAAAAUUUAUGGGUUCUUGCAGAAGAGCUUUGUGAAGCAUUUAACUGUCCAAUACCAAAGGAUCACACCCCUUUUACAGAUGUCAAGGAAUUGCAUGAGGAUGGAAUAGAAAAACUACUGACCAGUUAUCUCAAAGGAACCACACGUCUUUAUGAAAAAAGAAAGAAAAGGAAAAAGGAAAAAAAAGGGAAGAAAAAAAAUCUAACAGAAACUACCUCAGUUAAUUCUAUGAUAAUUGACACAAUUAGUGAUGAAAAAGAAAUCAUAUCAAAUCCAGGUGAUGAUGAUCCAGCCUCUUCAUCAAAUUUCUCUUUGCAAACUAGUAUUAGUAUGAUAAUUGACACUGAAACAAGAAAUCCACCAGAUCCAAGCUAUAAAUCAAAUAAUGAUGUGCUGAUUGAUAUUACAUCAACUUCCAGCCCACUUCCCUUGCUAAGAUUAGAAAAACAAAAACACAAAACAACUGAUGAAGAAAAAAACAUUCUCCAACAGCUUGAAUCUUUCAAUACAUUUCCUUCUGAUGAAAUAAUCAGUGGAGUUCUAAAUUCAUUAAUUGCUAUCAAUCCAGGUUAUUGGAACUCAAAAAAAAUAAAAGACUACUGGAGAUAUAAUUUUAAGAGUAAGGCAAUGGAUUCUAAUUAA